UCUUUUACAGUAUAAUGGAGGUGCCAACGACAAAGAGCUUCGCACGAAACAGUUUUCUUUUAAUAUUAAUAAGCACAGUUGUGAUAGCCCAAUUUACCCCAAGAUUUUCCACCCCUAAUCCCUGCACGCCGAAAGGAAAAUGUAGCGAAUGUAUUCAAACGCCAGGAUGCGCGUGGUGUUACGACCCCCAACUUCGGUGACGGCCCACGUUGCUUCGAACCCGAACUACAGUACCAACAACAGAAAAAAUGCCCCGAAGAAUUCGUUCUUUUCCCCGACAAUAUACUAAGUGUCUUGAGCAAUCUGGAGUUAACAAAAGCCCAUAAAGGAGUAGCAGGUGGCGGGGGAACACUCGUAUCAGGCGCCGAAGGCAGCUAUAAUGCUUCGGAGCAUUGGAGCGCUCAUGGAUGGGAAGAAGGAAGUGCGGGUGGAACCGGAGCUUUUGCUGGUGCUGCUGGCGGGAAGAUAGUACAAGUGACGCCUCAAAGGAUCAAUUUGAAGUUGCGAGCAAGAAAAGUGUACAGCAUAAAAAUGAAAUACACCCAGGCAGAAGACUACCCAGUCGACCUUUACUACCUUAUGGAUCUCAGUAAAUCUAUGUACGACGACAAGGAGAAACUGUCGUAUUUGGGCGACAGUCUGGCAACUACGAUGAGAAAGUUAACAUCAAACUUCCGACUGGGCUUCGGUAGUUUCGUUGACAAAGUUGUCAUGCCAUAUGUCAGCACUUUACCAGAGAAUUUAUUACACCCUUGCGAAGGUUGUGCUGCUCCUUACGGCUACAAACAUGCCUUGAGACUAUCUACAAAUACGCAACUGUUUUCACGUAUGGUGAAACAAGCUAACGUUUCUGGUAAUUUGGACGCACCCGAGGGAGGUUUCGAUGCCAUAAUGCAAGCUAUUGUAUGCCGUAAUGAGAUUGGUUGGAGAGAACAAGCUAGAAAAUUGCUGGUAUUUUCUACAGACGCCAGUUUUCACUACGCUGGAGAUGGAAAACUCGGAGGUAUUGUAAAACCCAACGACGGAUUGUGCCAUUUAUCCCGCGAAGGCUUUUACACACAGUCAUCUUACCAAGACUACCCCUCAAUCGAACAAAUCAACUUAAGCGUAAAGAAAAAUUCAAUCAACGUCAUUUUUGCCGUCACCAAAACCACUAUUGACAUCUACGAACAGCUCGCCAAGACUAUCGAGGGUGCAUCAGUGGGAAAAUUGGAGGGCGACAGUUCAAAUAUCGUUUCCCUUAUUAAAGAACAGUAUGAACAAAUUUCUUCCACGGUUCAGAUGAAACAUAACGCCUCUGCUGCACUGAGUAUUAAAUUUUUCACCAGGUGUUUGAAUUCCACAGGAGCUUUGGUUAAUACCAAUAAAUGUGGAAAUAUAAAGGUCGGCGACGUUGUAACGUUCAAAAUCGAUAUAGAAGUCUUAAAGUGUCCUAAAAACCGAGCAGAUCAUUUCCAGACUAUUCAGAUAUACCCGGUUGGUAUCAAUGAAAGUUUGACCAUCGAUUUAGAAAUGUUAUGUGAAUGUAACUGCGAAAGACCCGGCGACAAAUAUUAUAAAGAACAUGCCCCGGCAUGUUCAAGCAUGGGCACAUACAAAUGCGGCAUUUGUGAAUGCUAUCCCGGCGCCUUCGGCCCACAUUGUGAAUGUCUUCCAGAUGAUCUACCGACUAAUAUCACUGCCACCGAUUGUAUUCAACCUGACGUGCCAAAUGCAGUAGAAUGUUCCGACAGAGGACAAUGCGUCUGUAAAAAGUGCAUUUGUGAGUCAAGACAGAACGAAAAUGAGAGAAUCUACGGUAAAUACUGCGAAUGUGACAACUUCUCCUGCGAGCGCCACGACGGCAAACUUUGUAGCGGUCCCGACCACGGUAUAUGCGACUGCGGUGUGUGCCACUGCAAAGACGAAUGGACGGGCCCGAACUGCGCAUGUGUCAAAUCCAACGCCACCUGUUACGCUCCUGGCGUGACGGACGGAAAGAUUUGUUCUGGGCACGGAAAAUGCGAGUGCGGUGUAUGCCACUGUGAUGUCAGCGACGAGGGACAGUACUCUGGAAAAUUCUGUGAUAGAUGCCCAACUUGUUCAGAUAGAUGUGCCGAAUUCAAAGACUGUGUUCAAUGCCAACAAUAUAAGACUGGUCCCCUCAAGAAACCAGAGGAUUGCUCUGCCCAGUGUACAAAAUUCACUCCCUCGUCGGCCGAUGUAAUAACCGUGGAUGCGAAGAACAACGAAGUGCUUUGUGCUUACUACGACGAAGAUGAGUGUAGAUUUAAAUAUGUAUAUUAUUUCGACAGCGAUCAAAUUCAAGUUAGAGCACAGAAAAACAGAGACUGUCCCGAAAAGGUAUACGUCCCAGGUAUAGUACUUGGUGUAAUAGCAGCUAUUGUUCUGAUAGGUAUGGCAAUUUUAUUAUUGUGGAAGUUGCUGACGACAAUUCAUGAUAGGAGGGAAUUCGCACGAUUUGAAAAAGAAAAGAUGAUGGCUAAAUGGGACACGGGUGAAAAUCCCAUCUACAAGCAAGCUACCUCGACAUUCAAAAAUCCGACAUACGCCGGCAAAGGUUAAACAACAAAUCAUCUUAGUAAUUUUUGAAAUUAAACUGCCAUCCGCAGCGGAGCACUGUGAUUUCCGCUAUCCUUUACUAAUCCUUUCCAUCUAGACGAUUUCCUUUAAUCCAGUGGGGUAAAACAUGAACGUAGCUUUAACUUGAAGUUAAAUUAUCCAGUUAACAAAAACAAGAAAGAUGUCUUGGAUAAUUUUAAAUUGUACAUAUGGUUUCACACGAAACAAAAGAAAAACGGGAGGUCGGCUAAUUUUUGGUAUAAGAUCGUUGAUUUUCUAAAGUUUUUAUUUUAGUAAAAGUAUGUGCAAUAUUUACCACAUUUAAAAUCAUUUUCAGCACAGUUGUCUCUUGACCGGCACUUUUUUAAAGUUCCAAUUUAUUUAAGUAUCUCAUAAAUUCAUUUUUAGAUAUUUUCUAUCGCAUCAUUUGUGUUUAGUUUUGUAAAUUUCGGGCAUUGUAAUCUACUAACACCUAUUGUUCAUUAAAUCUUAAAUUUGGCUAUUAUUUACAUUUUGAUGUUUUAAAUUUGUUUUGUUUGAUCUUUGUUUUAAUUUGUUAUGCCGUAAAAGAUUUUAAUAAAAAAUUGGUUAUUUCUCUGUUCUUCUACCUAUAUAUCAACAGUCGUGUUUAUUCGGAAAUCGUCGUUGGUUAUUUCCAAUAAUUUCGGUUUUGAUUUGAUAAAAACAUGCUCAGAUGGAGACACGUAUCACAGACUACUUUCGUAUCCGUCAUCUGUCAAAAUAUGAUAUACCAUUUGAUAUACCAUUUGUUUUAUUUAAGAUUCAUUUAUUUCUUUGACAGGCUGCUUUAAUCUCUGUUCCAUCUGCAUUGACAGUUUUUUAUGGAACAAAUAUUAUUUAAUCAUAGAAAGAAAUCAACUAGUGCUGUAAUUUGUAAUUCCAGGCAGCUGUUAUUAAACUUAUCUCAUUUAGAUUCCUAAUUUGUAUAUCAACAAAUUGAAAUUUAAGGAGAACUUUAGAAAAUCGAUAGUUCUUACUAAGCGUAGAAUUUUUGUACUUAGUUCGUAUAUAUUUGAUUACGUACUCGUGUUCAAUAUAUCCAUUUAGCUAGCCCAUUCCUUUCCCGUGCCAUAAAUAAAAUUAGACUUGGUCGUUAGUUUUGUUCCUUUAUAAUCGUUGCAAUAACUAUUUAGAACAUUUUUAUCAAAAAUUUUAAUCAAAAUUAUGAGUAGGUGUUUAAAGAAACAUUUUUUAAGUAUUCGAAAGGUAUUACACUACUGGAAGUAAUUGAUUUUAGACAUUUUAAACAAGGUCCGAUUAGAAAAUAGGAAAUUAUUGGAGCGUUUUACUAUAUAGUGUUUGCAGCAAAUUUGAAAGUGAAACUGUAAAUGUUUAAUUUGGUAAAAUAUUACUACUGGUUUUGGCCUAUUUUCCAUGUUUCCUAUCUUCAUUAUCGGAUCCCCUAACGACCUAUUUUCGCCUUUUUAUCGAUCUUUACUUUCUCUACCAUUAGGCUUUUUCUCAAAAAUAUAUUUUAUUCCUGUUAAGUAAUAUAUUUAUAGGGAUUAAUAUGUAUUUAGGCGUUACAAAUAAUGUAAUGUCGCUUGUAUGGUAUUGGGAAGUUUAUUUUUGUGUGUUACUUUGCAUUUUUUUUAUUUUAUAUCGAGAGCAUAAAUUCAUAAUUUUUCCAAUAUUCAUUCUUUAUUAAUAAUAGCACCUACAAUUCAACUGUAGUAUUUAUUUGGAAAUCGUCGUUGGUUGUUUCGAGAAAUGUCGGUUAUAUGUGCGCAAAAGGAGGCACGUGUCCUAGACUACUUGCGUAUUCGUCACCUGUCAGAAGUGACGUUUGUAGGUACAUACUUGGCCUAAUUUAACUCAUUAAUAUCUUCUAUACAUUCUAAAUAAAAGAGAAUAUUUUUAAUUUAUAACUAAAAUCUUUGUGUAAUACCUUUCGUAUCUCAUUAGAAAAAUUAUUUUGCAAAUUAUGACGAUAAUUGUUGAUCUGCAUUAUUGAAUCUCCUUUGUUUAUUUUAAAUUUGGCAACUUUUUAACAAUUUUGGCAACUGUUUACUUCUUAUAUUACUAAAUGUGACUCUAGUUAGAUCUGAAUUAUUUAUUUACAUUUUAUUUUUUUUUAACUUUUGACGAAACUUUUACGAAUCUGACGAUAUUUUAUUCUACAUAAAAAAAUAUUGUGCCUACUGCAAGUGUCUUAAUUCAACUAAUUAUACAUACGGUGUAAUCAUCCAUUUUUCAUAAAAAACAUUCUAUAUAUUGCUAUUACUAUAGAUCAGGAGUGGACAAUGUCCGGGUUGCUGCCCGGAUGCGGAGCACGAAAGUCGUUCCGCAAUAGUGUUGACAAUUUUGAAUCCAGUUCGCGACAGUGUUGAAUCUAGCUCGCUGUAAACUACACAUCUUAAAAAAUACAUAAAGAAUCUAUCCGAUAUUUACAUUGUUUUUAUUUGUAAGCUAAAUUGGAUGGUAAAAAGGAACAACAUAUUUCUAGUCCAACUUAAGAAGUUUCUAGGUGUAUGUGGUCGGAAAUCAUUCUCAAAAUACAAAUUUUUGUGGUUGAAAUCGAAACGUCAAAUAAAAGGUAUAUUCAAUUAAAAUUGUGAUUUAACCCCAUUAAAUAAAGUAGUAUGUAACAUCGUUUGAGAGUGAGGAAAACCGAACCGUUAAGAAAAUAAUGCGCUGGUACCUCGUAUAAUUUAUUAUUUUGAAAUCUCAUUAUCUGAAUAAGAUUAAAUUAAAAAUAUAUUUAUUUAUGAAAAAUGGAUGACAGAAUAUUUUUAUACAUAUAUUUUUUUAAAAUUGUUAAUUUUACUUAUACAAUAUUUAUCUAACUUUUUACAUCUUUAACUAUAGGUAGGGAUAGAAUCUCCAGUUUAAAACAAUUACUAAUAAAUGUUCAAAUGUCAAAAAUUAAAAAUUAUUCGCGCAGACUAGUUUUUUUAUAUUUAAAAAUGUCUUUUUAUUUAAAAAUAUUUUCUCUCAACUGAAAUAAUUACUCGUCCAAAUGCGUUUCAUCCAGCUGUGACUGUGUAAAUGGGAAAAACAGACGAUGGUGAAUGUAUUUUAGGUGUACUAAAGGUGCUUUUUUGGAAAGACUUCCAAGUAUCCAGUUUUGUUGCUGCUGUUACAUCGUUUUUACCAUAAACGUUUUCCAAUCAUAAAUAUAUUUGAGAUUUGAGGUAAACUCAUACAAAGUGAAGUGUGGCAAAUGGCGAAUAUUAUAAAAAAAAUACGUUCCAAAGCACCGGAUUUUAGAGCUUUAAAAGUCCGUGUGAGCGAGAUUUUUCUGAUGAACGAGAACAAUAUCUGUCACAAACAGCACCUAGUGAAGAAUUGUGCUUCUAAUAUUUUCCAUUAAUUAUUAUAUUAUUCGAAAAGUUCACACUUGAAACAAUUCCUUUGAAAUUGUUCUGAAGCUAUUUUCUUGUGGCAUUUUAAAUAAAUUACUGUUUAAAUGGGAAUAAGCCACAAUUAAAUGUUAAAGUACGUUUAUUGACGUUUUAAUUUCCGAAGUGGAAAUUGAAACGUCAAUAAACGUACUUUAACCUUUAAUUGUGGCUUAUUCCCAUUUAAAUAGAAAUUAAUUCUUUUGAAACCUGAAAAACACUAGCCUUAACGUUUCCAUUGGACAGAAAUGAGUUUACAGAAGAAAAACAUUCGCAGAAACAAGAAAAAGUAGAGAACAAUAUUAAAAAGCUGUAAAAAGUUUCACAUAUUUACGAAUGAAAUUAAAUGUAGAGAGAACCGAAUCAAAAGAGAGUAAUAAAGGGCAACCAAACCUAUUUCGUUUUUUUUACUUUAAAAGCCUUUAAGCCUUUACUUGAAAACAUUUACAAAAUUUCUUGGUCAAAUUCACAAUUGUGCCAACAUUAAAAAACAGUAGUUCUUGUUCUGUAUCGCCUUACGUUUAUUACGUAUUACAAUAUUGCGUAUAUUUUUGACAUACAUUAAACAUUUAUUAGUAACAUUAGUACUUAAGUAAUUAAAGUCAUAAUAUUAGGAUUUUCUAUUUACUAAAUUAUUUUUCUUGUAUUAUAUUUGUAAAAUUUGAUUUGCACGAAAGCUUAACUGCCAAAUAUCGAUGAUAUGUAUGUUAUAUAUAAAACGUAUAGAUAAUUUUUUUAACUUGUUAGCGUAACAUUAUUUAAAAUCUUAUUUUAUUAAUGAUGACUGUUAAUUGAUUGUUUAGAUUUAUUAAAAGUGUAUAAUAAAAGGAUUUGUUUUAAUAUUU